AUGAAUUUUUUACUCUUCCUGGCCUUCCUUUGCUUGGGAUUAGUUGUAGGAUCUUCAAAACUUGAUCCCAGAUUCAAUGUCCAAUGGAUCGAAUGGAAGGAAUUAUACCAGAAACAAUAUGGCAUGAAUGAAGAAGAAUGGAGAAGAGAACUAUGGGAGACAAAUCUGAAAAUGAUUGAACUGCACAAUGAAGAAUACAACCGAGGGAAACAUAGCUUCACUAUGGCAAUGAAUGCCUUUGGGGACAUGACUACUGAAGAAUUCAGGUUGAUGAUGAAUGGGUUUCAAAUCAAGAAACAUAGAGUGGAGAAUAUUUUCCAGGACUCUGACUUCAUAAACAUCCCUUCAUCUAUAGAUUGGAGAGAAAGAGGCUACGUCGUUCCUGUGAAGCAUCAGUUUUCAUGUGGGGCUUCAUGGGCUUUUAGUGCAACCGGGGCCCUAGAAGGACAGAUGUUCCGGAAAACUGGCCAACUGAUCUCACUGAGUGAGCAGAACCUAGUGGACUGUUCCUGGUCUGAAGGCAACGAGGGCUGCAAUGGUGGUGUGAUGAAUUUCGCUUUCCAGUAUGUUAUUGAAAACAAAGGCCUGGACACAGAGACGUCCUAUCCAUAUGAGGAAGGGAAAGGCCCCUGUAAAUACAACCCCCAGCAUUCUGCUGCUAAUGUCAGUGGCUACAUGGACAUCCCUAAGGAUGAGAAGAUCCUUAAAGAGGCAUUAGCAUAUGCUGGGCCCAUUUCUGUGGCUAUUGAUACCUCACCACCAACUUUCCUGUUUUAUGGAACAGGCAUUUAUUUUGAUCCAAACUGCAGCAGCACAGACCUGGACCAUGGUGUCUUAUUGGUUGGCUAUGGCUUUGAAUCUGAAGAAUCAGACAACACUAAAUAUUGGCUGGUUAAGAACAGCUGGGGUGAAGAAUGGGGCAUGCAUGGCUACAUAAAGAUAGCCCGAGACUGGAGCAACCAUUGUGGGAUUGCCUCUGCUGCCAGCUUCCCACUGUGUGAGCCCAUGAACAUUGAUAAGUGA